CUGAAAACUCCAAAAAUAGCCAAAAAAAAAAAAAAAGAGAAAAAAACACCCACGUUUUGCGCGAAAAACUUGGGGAGUACUUUCCCUUGAGAUAUUAAUUUAAUGUUUUGUUUGUAGUGUAUAUUGUAUAUGUAAAUUGAUUAAUGACCAAACUUUUAGGAAGUAGCAAUUCAUGAAGUAUUUAGUUCUCUUUUUCCCGUCUCUGUCCCUAUUCCGAUCAUGAAGGGCCUCUGUAUUCAACUUUCCCAUCACAACUCCAUUGAAAACAGAUUAUUCCACAGCAGAAGAUCAACAAGAACUGCCUACAAAAAUCCUACAAAAUUUUCCAUCCCCUACUUUAGUGUCUCCUCUUCCUCAUCCUUCCCUAAAAUCAGUUGCAUUGCAAGUACUCCGUUAACAACGGAAGUUGAAGAAAAGCUAACAUUUGAUGUGGAUGAAGCGAGAUUGCUAGUUAAGGAGCUUCAAAAUGUUUUUAAAUCUGGAAAAACAAAGAGCUAUGAGUGGAGAGUUUCACAAUUAAAAAGUAUAGCAAAAAUGCUUGAAGAAAGGGAAAAAGACAUCACUGAAGCUCUUCACAAAGACCUUGAAAAGCCUGAACUUGAAGCCUUUAUUUCGGAGAUUUCUACAUCAAAAUCCUCGUGCCAGCAUGCACUGCAAGAGUUACAACAUUGGAUGGCACCUGAAAAGGUCAAAACUUCAAUCACAUCAUAUCCAUCGUCUGCAGAAAUUGUAUCAGAACCUCUAGGAGUUGUGUUGGUGAUCUCAACAUGGAAUUUCCCUUUCUUGUUAUCUCUUGAUCCGGUGAUUGGAGCUAUUUCAGCUGGGAAUGCAGUGGUUCUAAAACCAUCAGAAGUAGCUCCAGGAACAUCAUCCUUACUUGCAAGAUUGUUUGAGAAAUACUUGGACAAUUCUGCCAUUAGGGUUGUUGAGGGGGCUGUUCCAGAAACAACUGCACUGCUUGAGCAAAAAUGGAAUAAGAUAUUAUAUACAGGUAGUGCAAGAGUUGGGCGCAUUGUGAUGGCUGCAGCUGCAAAGCACCUUACACCAGUUAUUCUUGAACUUGGGGGCAAGUGCCCAGCUGUUGUUGAUUCAAAUCUUAACUUACAGGUUGCUUCCAGGAGAAUAAUAGCAGGCAAGUGGGCUUUGAAUAAUGGACAAGCUUGUAUAGCUAUUGAUUAUAUCAUCACAACCAAAGACUUUGCUCCCACGUUGAUUGAUUCUCUAAGACGUGAAUUGGAACAAAGUUUUGGACAAAAUCCACUGGAAACUAGAGAUGUUUCUCGUAUAGUUAACAAAUACCAUUUCUCACGUUUGCUGAAGCUCUUAGACGAAGAUAAGGUCUCAGAUAAGAUUGUACUGGGAGGCCAAAGUAAUGAAGACCAAUUAAGGAUAGCACCAACAAUUUUAUUGGAUGUUCCAGAUGACACUGAGAUAAUGAAGGAGGAGAUAUUCGGGCCAUUUCUUCCUAUUGUCACGGUUGAGAAGAUAGAAGACAGUUUUGAUGUCAUAAACUCAAGACCCCAACCUCUUGUUGCAUAUCUUUUCACUAACAAUGAUCAAUUGAAGAAAGAUUAUGUGCAGAACGUAUCUUCAGGAGGAAUGCUUGUAAAUGAUACAGUUCUACAUGUGACGGUUGAUGGUUUACCGUUUGGAGGAGUGGGAGAGAGUGGGAUGGGUUCAUAUCAUGGCAAGUUCUCUUUUGAUGGUUUUAGCCACAAGAAGUCAGUUAUGUACAGGGGCUUUGAGCCUGAUGCCUCAGUCAGAUAUCCCCCAUACACGCCUCAAAAACAAAGAUUAUUGAAGGCCUUACUCAGCGGCAAAAUACUUGCAAUUAUCCAAGCUCUCAUAGGAUGGUUUUAAUAUACAUCAAUUUUCAUGUAAUUAAUAAUGGAGAUAAAUUUGCAUCUUUGACCAAUUAGACAUUAGAUUAUUGUAUUCACAACAGCUUGAUGUUAAAAGUAAUUAUAUGUUCUGGCUCUCUGGACACAUUUUAACCA